AUGAGGUUGGCCGCCGUCUUCGGCGAGGCCAAGCCGGAGAAAUCCGACAACGAAGCAGAUGCUCUCCCGCGCCGACUCGUGCUCUUCCGCGCCCACUCCCACUCCCAUGGCGGCCUCCGCGUCGUUGCCACCGACCUCCACUCCCUCGCCUGGCACAGCUCCUCUUCCCUGCCGCCGCCCGAGAACGUCUUCGCCUACCUCUACACGAACAUGAUGUCGUAUGCAGGUCCUGAUACCGCUGAGCUUGUGGCUACCAAGGCGAAGGGACUACCUCGCAUCACUAUCUCUCUCGAUAGAGUUGCUGCAUCUGUGCUCAAAGAUGUCAUUGCUGAUUUCUCCCUUGCGCUCUAUGAAUCUUACAAGACCAAGCAGGAACAUGCAUCCAGAGAAUAA